UCCAAGUUUAUUGACGCCGACUUGCCUCCGCCCGCCGCCAUGUCGAGGCCACAGCAGGUUGCGCGGCCCAUUGUGCGGUCGCUACAGCAAGCAACCGGCAGCGCUGCGACAUGUCCAUCACGGCUUCUUGCCAUCCGCCAGUUCUCAUUGACUCCAAGCCGAAAAGAUGAGACAACGACAAGCACCCCGGCAGAGCCCAGUGCUGAAACACAUAAGCUUGCUGCAGACGCUGCCUUGCUCGGCCAGACAAAACCCCCGCCAUAUCCUUCGAUGAUCAAGCAAGGAACUGAACAGCAGCUUUCUCAGUUCCUUUCGCCACAGCUCGGCUCCCGGAGAAGACGGGCCGCCCUGGCCACAACGGGCAAUGUCCCUUUCGAGCAGCUGCCAUACCAAUGUUUCCAGGAGGCGCGCAAAGUACUGGCCCAGGACCGCGAGGAGAAGGUGGCCAAGAUUGUUGCCGAGACGGCAAAGAUCAGGCGGUUGGAGGCAAUGGAUGCUAGCAUUUACCGCGGCGGGGAGGCAUAUAAGCAGAAGCGGCUGGAAAGCCUGAGGCAGUAUGUUGAGAAGCUCAAGAUCCUGGCCGACAUCAACGAUCCUAUGGUGAAGAGGCGCUUUGAGGAUGGCAAGGGCGAUAUGAACAAGCCCAUCUACCGGUACCUCGCGCACCGCAAAUGGUGCUCCAUGGAGCGCAAGAUUAUCCUGCAGCGUAUCGAGCAGUUCCACAUCGUGCCCGACCUCCUACCCAAAUUCGAGCCAACCAUGGCUGUCCAGAUGACCUUCCGUGGCUACAAGGUCUCUCCUGGGGCCACCCUUAACAGCCGCAUCACCGAGACGGCUCCAACUCUGCGCAUGCAGGUCUUCGACAAGGGCGAGCGCCUGAUCUCCGUCGUGGUUCUGGACGCUGACGUGCCAGAUGCCGAGACAGACUCAUUCAGCAAGCGCCUGCACUUCAUGGCGACCAACAUCCCCUGGAGCCCGACCAAGAACUCUCUUCCCCUCAGCCGGCUGGGCAGCGACUCCGCCUCUCCUGACAUGGGCGCUCUCACCGUCCCGUGGCUGCCCGCCUUUGCCCAGAAGGGCUCUCCUUACCACCGCCUGGCCGUCUUCAUUUUGGAGCAGAACAACAACUCUCCCCUCGACACAGCCAAGCUGCAGGAGCUGUAUGAUGGCCAAGGCCGCGAAGGCUUCAGUCUCAAGAGCUUCCGAGACAAGUUUGGUCUGACGCCCGUCGGGUUCAACAUGUUCCGGACCGUGUGGGACGAGAACACGGCCGACGUCAUGGCCCGCCACGGCAUUCCCGGCGCCGACGUCGAGUUCACGCGCACGCGCGUCAUGUCGCUCAAGCCGCCACGCAAAGCCCGCGGUUGGGAAGCCAAGCGCCAGAAGCUCAAGUACCGCCACCUGUGGAAGUACACCAAGCGGAUCAAGGGUAUUAAGUAUUAGUGGGGAGGCAUGCCUUGGUUCGACAGCGGGAAGCGGAAGGGAUGAUAGAGCCGUUGUGUAUUUGUAUCAUAUCAGCAGUGUACCAGGAUGUAUAAAGGAUUAUGCCCACUUUGUGUCCAGGUUUGUUCAACUCCCGUGGUGGCUGCUCAGUAUGGGCACCUGGCCAUAACGUUAUCUUACUUGCA